AUGCAGAAGACGGUGAGGUCGUACAGGCGCGACCCCUCGUGCCUGACCGACCUGGUGCGAUGUACUGUGGUGGUGUCGUCGAUCGACGACGUGCUGUCGUGGUUGAGCUUCUUGCGGGGUCAGUCGGUGGUGGGGCACGGGGUGAGCGCGUGGGACCAGCCUGGAGGAGGGAGGGUGAUGUCGGAGGACGUGGAGACGGGCGGGGGAGAGGAAGGCGGGGAGAUCUACAUGAGCAUCACCAACAUCAAGAACCGGUACGACCCGUCUGGCGGCACGAGCUUGAGCGGGGGCUACCGGGACCUGUGCGUGUGCGUGGAGGUGGGAUGGACGAUAGACGAGUCGAGCCAGUGCUGCACGUUCGUACCGGUGAAGGAGUGGGGGAGGACAGCAGGGCUGCGGAAGCACAUCUGCGAGAUACAGGUGCUGCUGGAGGAGAUGCAUGGGAUCAAGAAGCAUCUGCACAGGGAGUACGUGAACUUCCGCAACACUCUAUGCCAGUAG